AUCCUGCGAAAUCAUAACACAAUUCAGGGCUCAAUGAAUAACAAAAGACCUAGGGUACGUUGCGUGCUAACAGUGCAAUCCUCGAGUGAAAUUUGCCUAUUUCAAUACAGGGCUGCCUAGCUACGUGCUGCCCCUUUCUUCCGAGUUGAAUUCCAAACUAAAGUUGGAUAGUUAGCGCGUCAUUAUGGAUGUGGACGCAUCCUUUGAGAUCCUUGGCGGCUUCGGCCUGCUGCAAACUCUCAACUUCCUGAUCUUCAUGCUCAGUGGCAGUUUCUCUGCCUGGCACUUGACGGGGGUGGCAUUCACCAUGUCGGUGCCAGAUGAGUACCGGUGCAGCCUGCCUCCCAACGGUACGAGCUUAAGGGGUGGAGAGGGCUACAUCCCGGAGCAGUGCCAGCUGAUUUACGAAGAUGGAGCAGGAGGCGAGAAUGAGACGAUGUCCUGCGUGUACGGCUGGGACUAUUACUCUGCGCAUGGCGAAACUAGUGUGGUAGACGAUCUGGAUCUAGUUUGUGAUCGCGCCAUCCUCGCUGGUACCCUGUCCUCCAUCCACUUUGGCGGGAUCCUCGCUGGCUCCUACAUCCUCGGCCAAUUAGCGGAUAUUUAUGGCAGACGCUUGGCUAUCUUUGGUUCGCUUAUUGGUGUUUUGGCAACGGGUGUCGGCCUGAGUUUCGUGUGGAACUUCGCAGGGAUGCUUGCUCUCCGAUUUAUCAACGGAUUUUUCAUUUCAGGUCCUCUGAAUUUGGUGUACAUCCGUGCGGUUGAGAUGAUGACUCCACGUAAUCGUCUGAAGGGUCAACUAGUCUGUGAGAUGAUGUGGGUGGUCAGCAUCGCCCUCCUGGCUCCACUGGCAUACGCCCUGCCGAACUGGAGGCACCUGCAGUUGGCCAUAUCCCUGUUCGGGGUUCCCAUUAUUUUCCUCACGUGGUUUUCGUAUGAAUCCAUCCGAUGGUUGGUCCAGAGGGGCAGGGUGGAGGAAGCUGAGAAGAUCCUCCAGAGGAUCGCCAAGUCCAAGAACAUCUCUCACCCCGGCUACUUCCUCCUGGGUCAGCAAGACCCGGACCUGCAGAAUGGCAACAAGCCGUCUAAGGUGGACGCCAUCGAACUGGAAAUCAAGACUAGCCUAGAAAAGGAUAAGGAGCUUGAUGAACCUCAACAGGAGAAGAGUAACCUGGACAAUUCAAAUCAACGACCACCAGCCUCUGUGAAGAAAAGAACCACCAUCAUUGAUUUGUUCAAGACGCGUACUCUGACCAUACGGGCGCUGAUCGUUUUCUACUGGAUGUUUACAGGCAACUUGGUAUACCAUGGCUUCUUCAUCAACGCCGCCAAUCUUGUGGGGAACAAGUAUCUGAACUUCUUUUUAAUAUCUGUGACGGAGGCUCCUGCGUACAUUGUCAACUAUUUCAUGAUGAAAAGAUUUGGUCGUCGUCGGCCGCUCAUCUUUGUCUGUAUCAUAAGCGGGGUGACCUGUGUGAUAACUGGAGUGGUACCAAGUGAAACAGCUAAUGGGACUGACCUGACCGUUGUCAUCCUAGUUUUCGCGGUGUUGGGGAAACUCUUCUCGUCGGCGGCUUUCGACAUCAUUUUUCUGAUAUCAGCUGAGCUGUUUCCCACUGUUUUGAGGAGUGCUGCGUUUGGUGCUUCGUCGAUGGUGGGGAAGGUUGGAGGUAUGGUGGCGCCCUUCAUCGUCUACUUGAAUGUGAUCCACAAUUCCAUCCCAAUGAUCGUGUUCGGCGUGCUGUGUAUACUGGCCGGGCUACUCGUCCUUCCCGUGCCUGAGACCAGCAACCGAACCUUGCCGGAGACGCUGGAUGACGGGGCCAAACUUACCAGCAAAGCCGGCCCAGAGGAUGAGAAGUCGCCCACUGACGUCUAGACAAUCAGACGUUACCAGGGGCGGAUCCAGGAUUUUUUUUGCGGGGGAGGGGUUAAGGGCAGGCCCCUCAGAU